AGCGAGCGAUUUGCGGAUCCUUAUUCGCCCAGGAGACCGUAUUCGGAUGGAUCCUCACUGGCCCCAUUCCAACCAAAGCUCCAAAGUCCUUCUCUACAUGUGUAUCGUACUUCUGCGAAAUUUCUUUAGAAAAAAGUCUUCUGAAAUUUUGGGAGGUGGAGAAUAUUCCACAACAGCGUGUAAUGUCCAAAGCAGAUAGACAAUGUGAAGAAAUUUAUCAGAGAACGACAACUAGAGAUGGGAAUGGAAGGUAUACUGUUUCGCUUCCGUUUAAAGACGAAUAUUCCGAUUCACUAACCUUAGGUCAGUCGAGAAAAGGUGCGAUGGCCCAAUAUAUUCGGAAUGAAAGUCGUCUGCUAAAAAAUCCAGAAUUGAAAAGAGAAUAUGAUCUUAAUAUUGAAGAGUACGUCAAACUAGGACAUAUGAUUCCUGUUCUACCUCCUACAAUCUCAGAAUUUCCCGAUCACUACUAUUUGCCGCAUCAUGCUGUUGUGAAGCCAGAUAGUUCUACCACUAAAGUCCGUGUGGUUUUCAAUGCUUCUUACGCAACAUCGAAUGGUACAAGUCUAAAUGACGUUUUGUAUACUGGUCCAGCCUUACAGAACGACUUGACUAUUCUCAUCCUUAAGUGGCGUUUUUAUCGCUAUGUUUUCAGUGGUGAUAUAGAGAAAAUGUAUCGUCAAAUCCUUGUGUCUCCUUCUCACACCCACUUUCAGAGAAUCCUGUUCCGCCAGAAUCCAACUGAACCAAUAAAGGAUUACGAGUUGAAAACUGUAACCUUUGGUGUUAACUGUGCACCGUAUCUUGCGAUACGUACGAUGAUUCAACUAGCCAAUGACGUCCAUGAUUCAUAUCCAUUAGCUAGUCAUGUUUUGAAGAAUUGCAUGUAUGUGGAUGAUGCCCUUGCAGGGGCACAUGACAUACACACAGCAAUUUCAACCGUACGUGAAUUAAUCCUAUCUCUGAAGUCCGCAGGAUUCAACAUGCGAAAAUGGACCUCCAAUUCAACAACAAUUCUCUCGGACUUGUCACCCGAUGAUCUUCUUAAUGAUGGCUUUUUAGACUUUAACGCACAUUGUGCAGCUAAAAUGUUAGGCAUUCGUUGGAAUGCGUAUUCUGAUCAGUUUUAUUUCUCCUCCAUUGCAUUUUCUCCCCAUACUUAUACCAAACGAGAGGUUCUUUCCCAAAUAUCAAAACUAUUUGAUCCUGCUGGCUGGAUUUCGCCGGUCAUUGUAUUAGCCAAGAUAAUUAUGCAAAAAAUAUGGCUAGAUAAAGUGGGUUGGGAUGAAGAGAUAUCACCAGAAUCAAUUGACUUAUGGAAAGCAUUUCAGUCUUCAUUUUCUUCCAUCAAUGAGAUUCGUGUUCCACGUUGGUUUAACUUUGUCCCAGACCAUGAAAUUGAAUUCCACGGGUUUUCGGAUGCAUCAGAAAGGGCUUAUGCCGCAGUACUAUACAUUCGAAUUGUUUCUCCAACUACUGUGUACACCCACUUAGUGGCUUCCAAAACGAAAGUAGCACCGAUUAAGUCCCUAUCUAUUCCUAGACUGGAAUUAUGUGCAGCUACUCUCCUUGCUGAGCUAAUUGACAAUUUAGUGCCUCAAUUCGACGUUCACCGUCACUCAUUACAUUGCUGGACGGACUCCACCAUUGUGAUUUCAUGGUUAGCAAAACAACCAUGUCAUUGGAAUACUUUUGUGGCAAAUCGAAUUUCUAAAAUCAUCCAAACUGUCGAUCCACCAAAAUGGCACCACGUCAGUUCAGAGGACAACCCCGCCGAUCUCGCGAGUAGAGGUGUCUAUCCACAGGAUCUAAUCCAAAAUGAUCUUUGGUGGAGAGGUCCUGCAUGGUUAUCUGAAUUUGACACUCCUUGGGAAAAUUACUCUAAUCAAGAUGUCCAACCAACUGAAUUAGAGAAGAAGUCGAGCUCUAAGGAUUAUGGCGUAUGUAUAUCGUUUUAUAAAUGGUACUCAUCCACGAUAUAAGACCAAUAAUAGACGUUAUGGUAACGUCAUAGAAGCUCAAGAAAUCAUCCAUGUUCGC